AGAGACACCCUUAAUUUAUACUAAGUGACUAAAUAUAUCAACUAGUUUUCCAAAUUGAUAAAGUCAAUGAAGUUUUUGCGAUAUUUACAAAGUCAUAAACCAAAUUGUUUUUAAAAACUUUUCCCCCAUUUUUGCUCCAUGUCACUGUUCAACGGCUCAAUUUGGAAUGACUUAUGAUGCUGCAAACCCUGGUAUAACCUUCAAUGCAGACAAUUUUGCAGUGAAGCAAUUGACAACAUAGUACAUUGGAAACAAUACCAUGUAACAUGUAUGUCAGAUACACAACACAACAAACCUCAACAAAACAACAAUGUCUUUUUAUUCCAUUCAAAAAACACGACAAACUUCAACAACAAUUUCAUUCCUUUUCAACCUCUUCCCUGUUUUUCCAUCCUCGUACCACUCAUUACCCAUCCAACAAACCCCUUUUGUUCAUUCAUUUUCUCCAUCACCAACCCCCCACUGUUACACUUCACUACUCCAAUCUUGUAUCGAUUCCAAGGCAUUAAACCCAGGGAAACAGCUCCAUGCUCAAUUCUUCCAUCUGGGUUUUGCUUACAAUGAAGUCUUGGCCACUAAACUUGUUCAUCUGUACGCUGUUUCUAACUCUCUUCCAAAUGCACGUAACCUGUUCGACAAAAUUCCCAAACGGAAUUUGUUUCUAUGGAAUGUUUUGAUUCGGGGUUAUGCCUGGAAUGGGCCUCACGAUACUGCCAUUUCACUAUACCAUAGCAUGCUUGACUAUGGUCUUAAGCCUGAUAAUUUCACUUUACCGUUUGUUCUUAAGGCAUGUUCGGCACUUUCUGCGAUUGGAGAGGGAAGGAGCAUUCAUGAGUAUGUGAUAAAAAAUGGGUGGGAGAGGGAUGUUUUUGUAGGUGCAGCCCUUAUUGACAUGUAUGCCAAAUGUGGUUGUGUGAUGGAUGCGCGUCACGUAUUUAAUACAAUUGUUGUGCGCGAUGUUGUGUUGUGGACCUCUAUGGUUGCUACUUAUUCUCAAAAUGGACACCCUGAUGAAUCACUUUCGUUGUGCCGUGAGAUGGCCGCUAAUGGUGUUAGACCUACCGAGGCAACUCUUGUGACUGUGGUUUCAUCUUCGGCUGACAUUGCAUGUCUCCCUUAUGGGAGGGAAAUCCAUGGAUUUGGUUGGAGAAAUGGAUUUCAAUCCAAUGACAGGGUUAAAACUGCUUUGAUUGAUAUGUAUGCAAAAUGUGGUUCUGUGAAAGUUGCCCGUGCUUUGUUUGAGCGGCUUUGGGAAAAAAGGGUUGUUUCGUGGAAUGCAAUUAUUACUGGUUAUGCAAUGCACGGUCUUUCUGUUGAAUCUUUGGACUUGUUUGAAAAAAUGAGGAAGGAGGCUCGGCCGGAUAAUAUAACCUUUGUCAGUGUUCUUGCGGCUUGCAGCCGAGGGCGUUUGUUGGAUGAAGGACGGGCGCUGUACAACUUGAUGGUGAAGGAUUAUGGUAUCAAUCCUACAGUUCAACAUUACACUUGCAUGGUUGAUCUCCUUGGUCACUGUGGUCAACUGGAUGAGGCGUAUGAUCUUAUAAGACAUAUGAGUGUUAAGCCAGAUUCUGGUGUAUGGGGUGCUUUGCUGAAUUCAUGCAAAAUCCAUGGGAAUGUGGAAUUGGCGGAGUUAGCUUUAGAGAAACUAAUUGAGCUUGAACCUGAUGAUUCUGGAAAUUAUGUGAUUUUAGCUAACAUGUAUGCUCAAUCAGGCAAGUGGGAAGGAGUGGAAAAGUUGAGGCAGUUAAUGACAGACAAAGGAAUAAAGAAAAACAUUGCUUGUAGCUGGAUUGAAGUAAAGAACAAAGUGUAUGCAUUUCUUGCAGGAGAUGUUUCACACUCAAAUUCUGAUGCAAUAUAUGCAGAGUUGAAGAGGUUAGAAGGACUAAUGCAUGAAGCUGGAUAUGCUCCAGAUACAGGAUCUGUUUUCCAUGAUGUGGAGGAAGAUGAGAAAACAAGUAUGGUAUGCAGUCACAGUGAAAGACUAGCUAUUGCAUUUGGACUUAUAAGUACAUCGCCAGGAACCCGGCUUUUGAUAACAAAGAAUCUUCGAAUUUGUGAGGACUGCCAUGUUGCUAUUAAGUUCAUCUCAAAGAUUACGGAGAGGGAAAUUACUGUAAGAGAUGUUAAUCGCUAUCAUCAUUUUAAACAUGGCAUGUGUUCAUGCGGUGAUCAUUGGUGAUGAGGAUGAAAUCCAGUUAGGAAAAUUGGCCAACACAACAGUCUCUUACAUCAGAGUUUUGUCCAAAAUAAUUGAGUUCAUUCAUACGUAAAAUGAGUUCAUCUAAUGAAGGGUUAUACUAAAUUAUUUUUGCUCCAAAUGAAGGUUAAACUAAGAGUUUAUUGAUUAGUAUUUUUGUUUGUUCGAAUGAUCUAUCAUAUGAAAUUCAAAGGCAUGGUUUUAGCCUAAGAAUCAUAGUUCAAGUGCCAAUUUUUUUUUAGGGUAAAAUAUGUUUUUUGUCCCUAUAAAAUUAGGAAAUUUUUGUUUUUCGUCCCUAUGAAAAAAGCACUUGUUUUCAUCCCUACAAAAACUUUAUUGAUGAAAGGUUAAGCUUCAAGAUUUGCCUAUUGUUCUUGGUGUUUUUUGUCUUUUGCAUAAUAUUUGUGAGAUGAAAGGUGAGAAAAUGGAUCAUGAACUUAAGGUUGAUGUUAUUGAUGAUGAAAUGGUUGCUGAAGUUGGUUUGAGAUCAGUUAAUUCUUUGAAGGCUAGAGAUGCUAUUGCUCCUAAUUUUUUGCAUCAUGGUUUAGCAGGCACUUCUUUUCUCUAAACUGAUGAGAAUUAGUGGAUUUUGUUAAUCAAGAUAUUUUGAAAAUUGAACUCACUAAACCCUCUGUGGGUUUAUGUGCCUUACCCUUAAUUUCAAUUCCUUGAUGCAUUUCUUAUUUAUUUCCCAUCUUGCAGAACAGGUUUGACCUUCUGUAUUAGUAUUAUGAUGAUUAGUUUUAGCUUGAAGCAUAUUCACAUGCCUCUUGUGACCUUAAAUUUGUUUCUAUAUCAGCAGGUCUUGCAAAGGGUGCAACUAUUGGUAUAUCUAUAGUAGCAAUAUUUGGACUUGGACUUCUUACAUUUGGUUCUAUAUCAGCAGGUCUUAAUUCCUUACAUUUUUUUGUAAAGCGCUGACAUUGAACAUGCAGAACCUCCAGAGUAACUCUGAACAUGGCAAAGUAACAAAGCUAUGACGCUGACACGGCAGAGAGGUGUCUAUAUAUCCUGCACAAUCACUUUCGGCGCGUGACCUAAAUUAGCAUCAAUACAUAUUUCAUAUCAUGACAUAUAUGUUAGCAGUCUUUAAGGAGGGAAAUUGUCAACUGUGUCUGACAGGAAGGAAUUUUUGUAGGAUGUUGAUUCAGCUUUGGUGCAAUCCAAGGCAAAAUGGAAGAUCAUCAUACCAUCAAUUGAUAUGAGUAUGACCAUUUUACAAUUUCUAACAAAGUUUCUUCACCAUUGAUCCAGUCAAAUAAUGUUGAUGCUUACAUCAAUGGACAUGACCAGUGCUUGGAGCACAUAAUUGACAAAGAGAGCGGAAUACAAUUUUUUACAAGUGGAGGUGGAUCAAAGGCAUGGAGGGGCGACAUCAAGCCAUGGAAUCAAGAACUGAACUUGUAUCACUUACUUGUCCUUCAGAUAGAAGGGUCAAGCAAUUGGCCAUGUCCUCCACUUCCUAAAUACUAUUCUAUAAUCUUACCCCCUUUUUUUUUUUUGGUGAAUAACUUUCUCUUAACUACCUGGUCAGUAAUUUCUUCACCAACUGUCCUACCCUGUCUUUUAUAUUUACGACUUAGAAGAAAAAAUCAACACACAAACACA